GCGCUCGCAUGCCCCAGGAAGGAGCUGUGUCGGGGUGGCGCUGACGGAGGAGCGGGCGGCAGGAAAUAAAAUAGCAGCCAUGAUAGAAGACAAAGGACUAAGGGUGACAGACUACUUUGUCGUGGCAGGUCUCACUGAUACAUCUACUCUUUUAGAUCAAGAAGUAAAUCGUUUAGAUACUAAGUCAACUGGACCUAAAGCUCCGAUUACAGAUAUUGCAGUUAUUAUCAAAUCAGCUGGGGAAACAGUACCUGAAGGUUAUACCUGUGUUGAAGCCACUCCAUCAGCUCUCCAAGCAAACUUGAACUAUGGAAGUCUGAAAAGCCCAGAACUUUACCUGUGUUAUAAGAGAGGGAGAGAUAAACCACCCCUUACAGAUAUUGGAGUUUUAUAUGAAGGGAAAGAACGGCUUAUGCCAGGAUGUGAAGUGAUCCAAGCCACGCCCUAUGGUCGUUGUGCCAAUGUCAACAAUAGUUCAACUACUUCACAAAGAAUCUUUAUCACUUAUCGAAGGGCUCCUGUAAUUCGACCCCAGAAUUCCUUGGCUGUAACUGAUAUCUGUGUUAUUGUAACCAGUAAAGGAGAAACACCUCCUCAUACCUUCUGCAAAGUUGACAAAAACUUAAAUUGUGGAAUGUGGGGUUCCAGUGUGUUUCUGUGUUAUAAGAAGUCUGUACCUGCUUCAAAUGCAAUAGCAUAUAAAGCUGGUUUAAUUUUUAGAUAUCCAGAAGAUGACUAUGAGUCUUUCCCACUCUCAGAAUCUGUACCUCUUUUCUGCCUUCCUAUGGGAGCCACUAUUGAAUGCUGGGAUCCUCAAACCAAAUACCCACUUCCAGUUUUUUCAACUUUUGUCUUGACAGCUUCUUCAGCCGAAAAGGUAUAUGGAGCUGCCAUCCAGUUUUAUGAACCUUACUCUCGGGAACUUCUAACAGAGAAACAGCUUAUGCAGCUGGGCCUGUUGACACCUGUGGAGAGAAAAAUUGUCCCCAAAUCCAUCAAUUCAAACAAAUGCAUUUGUUUACUCUCACACUGGCCUUUUUUUGAAGCUUUUAGAAAAUUUCUUAUGUUUAUCUACAAACUUUCUGUGUCUGGACCACAUCCUCUUCCCAUUGAAAAGCAUAUUUCACAUUUUAUGCAAAAUAUCCCUUUUCCUUCACCACAAAGACCAAGAAUCCUUGUACAGCUGUCAGUCCAUGAUGCAUUAAUAUUAUCACAGCCAGUUUCUACACCUUUGCCACUAAGUGGCGCUAACUUUAGCACCUUGCUAAUGAAUCUGGGUCCUGAGAAUUGUGCAACACUGCUGCUCUUUGUUUUACUUGAAAGUAAAAUCCUGCUGCAUUCUCUCAGGCCAGCUGUAUUGACUGGGGUAGCUGAAGCUGUUGUAGCUGUGAUCUUUCCAUUUCAGUGGCAAUGCCCAUAUAUUCCCCUUUGUCCUCUUUCACUGGCUGCAGUGCUUAGUGCACCUUUACCAUUUAUAGUUGGAGUUGACUCAAGGUAUUUUGAUCUUCAUGACCCACCACAAGAUGUUGUUUGCAUUGACUUGGAUACGAACAUGUUGUAUGUAUCAGAUGAAAAGAAGAACAUGAACUGGAAACAGCUUCCCAAAAAGCCAUGCAAAAGUCUACUUAGUGCCUUAAAGAAAUUGUAUCCUCAACUAUCUUCAGUUCACCGAAAAACUCAAGAAGGCUCAGCAAUUGAGAUGACUCCAAUUGAAGCAGAUUUCUCCUGGCAAAAGAAGAUGACACAACUUGAGAUGGAAAUUCAAGAGGCAUUUUUGCGCUUUAUGGCAUCUAUUUUAAAAGGAUAUAGAACAUAUCUCAGACCAAUCACAGAGGCUCCUUCAAAUAAAGCCACAGCUGCUGAUUCAUUGUUUGACCGACAGGGAUUUUUAAAAAGCCGAGAUCGUGCCUAUACAAAAUUCUAUACCCUUUUAUCCAAAACACAGAUUUUUAUUCGUUUCAUUGAAGAAUGCAGUUUUGUAAGUGAUAAAGAUACUGGAUUGGCAUUUUUUGAUGACUGCAUAGAAAAGUUGUUUCCUGAUAAAGGCACAGAGAAAACAGAUAAGGUUGAUUUUGAUUCAACAGAAGAUACCAAAUUGAUAGAACUAGAUGAUUCACAGAAAAGUGAGCACACUGUAUUUAUAAUGCCACCAGAGCCACCUCCUGACGAUGGAAAGGACCUGUCACCAAAGUACAGUUAUAAAUACUUCCCAAGACUGGACCUUAAGCUUUUUGACAGACCACAGGAGUUGAAACUUUGUUUUAGUAGACACCCUACUGGGACUAGCAUUACAAACAGUCCAGCUCUCAUGGCUAAGAGAACUAAACAGGAGAUAAAAACAGCUCAUAAAUUGGCGAAGAGAUGUUACACAAAUCCACCACAGUGGGCCAAGUGUCUGUUCAGUCAUUGUUACAGUCUAUGGUUUAUUUGUCUACCAGCGUAUGUUAGAGUUUCUCAUCCUAAGGUCAGAGCACUUCAACAGGCAUAUGAUGUACUUAUUAAGAUGAGGAAAACAGAUGUGGAUCCACUAGAUGAGGUAUGCUAUCGAGUAGUAAUGCAGCUUUGUGGACUUUGGGGUCAUCCUGUUUUGGCAGUGAGGGUCUUAUUUGAAAUGAAAACUGCCAAGAUAAAGCCAAAUGCUAUCACUUACGGUUAUUAUAAUAAGGUAGUUUUGGAGAGCCCAUGGCCUAGCAGUACCCGCAGUGGUAUCUUCUUAUGGACGAAGGUACGGAAUGUGGUACAUGGCUUGGCACAAUUUCGGCAGCCACUUAAGAAGACUGUGCAAAAGUCACAGGUCUCCUCAAUAUCAGGUGGUCAGUCUGACCAAGGCUACGGGUCUAAGGAUGAACUGAUAAAGGAUGAUGCAGAAAUUCAUGUGCCUGAAGAACAGGUAGCAAGAGAAUUGAUAACUAAAACAAAACUGCAAAAAGAAGAGGCAUGUGAUGUCUCUUCUAUUGUGGCAAAACAUUCACAACCUAGUCCAGAGCCUCAGAGUCCUAGCGAAGCUCCUGCAUGGGGCAACAGUAUUGUGAAAGUUCCAUCUGGUAUAUUUGAUAUCAACAGCAAGAAAAAUAGCACUGGUAGUACAUCAAAUGUGCUAUUUUCUACUGAAGAUCCAGUUGAAGAUGCAGUUUUUGGAGAAGUUCCUAAUCUCAAGAAGAAUGGUGAUAGAGGAGAAAAAAGACAAAAGCAUUUUUCAGAGAGGAGUUGCAGUUUUAGUUCUGAAAGUCGAGCAGGAAUGUUGCUUAAGAAGAGCAGUUUGGAUUUGAAUUCAAGUGAAAUGGCCGUCAUGAUGGGAGCAGACGCCAGGAUUCUCACAGCAGCAUUGACGUGUCCUAAGACCUCUCCACUUCAUGUCACAAGAACCCAUAGCUUUGAGAAUGUUAGCUGUCACCUAUCCGACAGUAGGAAUCGUGUGUCUGAAAGCACUUGGGAUCCUGAGCACAGAUCAUCUCCGGUGCUAGAGAUGCUUGAGGAAAGCCAGGAGUUUCUAGAGCCUGUGGUUGAUGAUGAUGUAGCUAAAAUAACAGUGUCAGAAAAUACAUAUGAUAGUCUACAAAGUGAUAGUAACAGUAAGCAGCCAAGAGACUUAAAAACAGGAUCCAAAGAUCUGAUGAAUAAGAGAAGUAGUUUAUAUGGUGUUGCUAAAGCUGUUGAGAGGGAAGAUGUUGAAACUGGACUAGAUCCUUUGUCGCUUUUAGCCACUGAAUGUACAGGAGAAAAAACUCCUGAUUCUGAAGAUAAGGUGUUUUCUCCAGUUAUUGCACGUAAUCUGGCUGAUGAAAUCGAAAGCUAUAUGAACCUAAAAAGUCCCCUGGGUAGUAAAUCUUCCAGUAUGGAAUUACACAGAGAGGGAAACAGAGAGUCUGGCACUACCACUCUGCUUAUUCACCCUUUAGAGAGGAGGUCAAGCCUACCUUUAGAGCCUGGUCUGCCAGCACAGGAAAAUCCUGAAAGUGAAAAGAGCUCCCCUGCCAUGUCCAAGUCUAAAACUUUUACUGGGCGUUUCAAGCCGCAGACUCCCUCUCGAACUCAUAAAGAACGUUCCACUUCUUUGUCAGCGCUAGUGCGUUCUUCACCACAUGGCUCACUGGGUUCUGUAGUAAAUUCUUUGUCAGGGCUAAAGCUGGAGAGUAUACUGUCAGGGCCCAAGAUGGAUGUCCUAAAAUCUGGUGUGAAACAAGCAGCAACAGUAGCCACUAAGAUGUGGGGAGCUGUGACGUCUGCCUACAACUACUCAGAUGAUGAGGAGGAAACUAAUAGAGAUUACAGCUUCCCAGCUGGCCUAGAAGACCAUAUGUUGGGGGAGACUAUAUCGCCUAACACAAGUAUCUCGGUCCCCAGCGAACUUACCCAGAGCAACACAAGUCUUGGCAGUAGCAGCAGCAGUGGAGAUGUAGGAAAACUGCAUUAUUCAAUAGGUGAAGUUCCACUUCCAAGAGGCAUGAAAGGGCAAGACUUUGAGAAAUCAGACCAUGGUUCUUCUCAAAAUACCAGCAUGUCUAGCAUCUAUCAGAACUGUGCAAUGGAGGUUUUGAUGUCAAGUUGUUCACAGUGUAGAGCUUGUGGAGCUUUAGUUUAUGAUGAAGAAAUUAUGGCUGGAUGGACGGCAGAUGAUUCAAAUUUGAAUACAACCUGUCCGUUCUGUAAAAGCAACUUCUUGCCUCUUCUCAAUAUAGAAUUUAAAGACUUGAGAGGCUCUUCAAGCUUUUUCCUGAAACCAAGUACCUCUGGUGACAGUUUACAAAGUGGAAGCAUUCCACUGGCAAGUGAAUCCUUGGAGCACAAACCUGUAUCCAGUUUAGCAGAACCUGACUUGAUCAACUUUAUGGAUUUCCCAAAACAUCACCAGACCGUAACUGAAGAAACAAGCUCUGCAGCUGAGCCCAGCGACGAAAUAAAGAAAGCCAGUGGAGAUGUCCAAACUAUAAAAAUUUCAUCUGUGCCUGAUAGUUUAUCAAAGCGAAAUGUAUCUUUGACUAGAAGUCACAGUGUUGGAGGCCCCUUACAAAAUAUUGACUUUACCCAACGACCAUUUCAUGGCAUUUCAACAGUUAGUCUUCCAAACAGUCUGCAGGAAGUUGUGGAUCCUUUGGGAAAAAGGCCAAAUCCUCCUCCUGUUUCUGUGCCCUACUUGAGUCCUCUAGUGCUUCGUAAAGAACUUGAAUCUUUGCUAGAAAAUGAAGGCGAUCAGGUGAUUCAUACAUCCUCUUUCAUCAAUCAACAUCCAAUCAUUUUCUGGAACCUCGUUUGGUAUUUCAGACGUUUGGACCUUCCUAGCAACUUGCCAGGACUUAUCCUUACAUCUGAGCAUUGUAAUAAAGGUGUACAGCUUCCUCUGUCAUCUCUGUCCCAGGAUAGUAAACUUGUAUAUAUUCAGCUGUUAUGGGAUAAUAUCAACCUUCACCAGGAACCAGGAGAACCUCUGUAUGUCUCAUGGAGGAAUUUUAAUUCUGAACAGAAAUUGUCUCUCCUGUCAGAGGAACAACAAGCAACAAGCACUUUAGUAGAAACCAUUAGGCAGAGUAUUCAGCAUAAUGAUGUUCUUAAACCCAUCAUCCUGCUUUCACAGCUAAUGAAACCAGACAUGAAAAGACAAAGGAGUUUGUACAGAGAAAUCCUCUUCUUAUCAUUAGUGUCUCUAGGAAGAGAGAAUAUUGAUAUUGAGGCUUUUGAUGAUGAAUAUGGAAUUGCAUACAACAGUCUGCCUUCAGAGAUUCUUGGAAAGUUGCAGAAAAUUGAUGCUCCACCGAGUAUCAGUGUGGAGUGGUGCAGGAAGUGUUUCGGAGCACCUCUCAUUUAAAUAAAGAGAUCCAUUAGAAUUUUGAACACAUAAGGCUGGGGGAAUAGAGUCAAUCUGGAAACAUUCAAGGUUUUUUCCAAAUCCUGGGAAAUGGUGAAAACUGAAAUGAAGUAAUUCUUGGGGGCAAUAUAUAAUGAAUUGUAAUUCAUACUGAAUCAUCUCUAAAUGUAAAAUGUCAUUAAAAUGUCCCAGAGUUUAUUGACAUUGAAAAUUUUCAACUCCUGAACUGUUUCUCUGCCUCUGCUGAAAACUAUGGAAUUUCUCAGUAUUUGUUGUAGAUAGAAAUAAUGAGAAACCAUAUUCAUUAGAGGCAUUUUGUUUAUAUCUGAAGCUAUUGGGUUUGGGGACUGGCAAAUUAAACUUGCCUAACCCCCAAAACAAAUGAAAUUUCUCAAUUAUA